AUGCUUAGAAGAUCACAGGGACCACCUAAUCACGACCUCGAUCUCGACAUUGACCGCACUCUAAGGCGAGUGAGGAGACUAUUUGUUGAACAAACGGGUGAGGAGGAGGAGUUCUUUGAUUCUUCUAGUGAUAUUUCUUCAGACAUGGGGGAUGCCAAUGGCGCUCUUUUUGGUGACUUUGGUAAUCCGGGUAGUCAUGAAUUGCAAUGUGGGAUUCUACUUCCUACAACGGAAACAAAUUUCACUAUCCACCCGCACUACACUCAAAUGGUGCGUGGAGAUCAAUUUUCUGGAGCAGCUCAUGAAGAUCCGAUAGAGCAUUUGGACAAAUUUCUCGAGACAUGUGCUUUAAUCCAAACCAACCAAGUCACUCAAGAAUACAUCCGGAUGCACCUUUUUCGGUAUUCGCUCACAGGCAAGGCUUAUAGGUGGCUCAAAAACCUAAAGCCCGGCUCGUUGGCCACAUGGAGAGACACGGCCAAAGCUUUCUUGAACAAGUUCAUUCCCGAAGACAAAUCAACCGAAUUGAGGCAGAAAAUUUCAUCAUUUAGGCAAGAAAGGUAUGAAUCUUUGGGGGAAGCUUGGGACCGGUUUAAAGAGUAUGUGAGAGCUUGCCCACACCAUGAGUUUGACAAGCAACUUCUCAUCAAGUUCUUCUAUGAUGGUCUUGACGACAUACCCAAGCAAAAUUUGAAUUCCGGAUGUGGUGGACAUAUUAGCAAGGUGCCUCAAGCUCAAUUGGAGGACACCAUAGAGGAAGUUGUGAGGUACUAUUCUACGAGUGGUGGAAGAAGAAGAGGUGAAGAGAGAGCUUCGGGCAAAUUCGAGCUUGAUCAAGGUUCACUCAAGGCUCUUAUGGAACAAGUCAUUGACAAGAAGCUGGGAAAUAGCCAAGGGUCUUCAUCUUCCUCCACCAAUCAAGUACACUCUUUCUCUUGUGAGAAUUGUGGGGGUACCAACCAUGAUAUAUCAUAUUGUGGUGGUCGAGACCCCGAACAUGUAGCGGCAAUGGGGUACAUGAACAAUCAACGUGAUAAUUGGAGAGCCCCCAAUGCCAAUUAUGGUAAUAGAUUUCAAGAUGCAAGUGGCCCAAGCCACAACACGGGUCAAAUGGCUCCCUUUCCAAAUCCAAAUGCUAGCAAUCACCCUAGAGCACCAUUCAAGCAAGGACCACCCAACCAAUUUCAAAAUUUCCAACCCAACCCUUCCAUGCAAAAUGAUCCUAAUCAACAAAUGCUCAUGGAAACUCUCAAUAGAAUCCAAUCAAGCCUAUCCGCCAUGGAUCAAAGAAUAACCAAUAGUGAGCGAAAAGCGGAUCAAAGGCAUCAAGAGGUCACCGCACAUCAAAAGAUGAUGGAUAAUCAAGUGGCUCAACUCGCCGAGAGGGUGACCAAUCUAGCCAAUGAGAAGCUCCCGAGCCAACCUACUACCAACCCGGCUACCACCCAUCAUAUCAAAGCUAUCUCUCUUAGGUCCGGAAAGUCUUAUGAGGGGCCUAGGAGUGAUCAAUCGGAGCACAACAAGGAGGGUGAAGAGCAAGUGGUUGAAGAGGUCAAUGGAGAUAGCCAAGGUCAAAUAAUUGACAAUAGUGUUGAAGGAAGCAUUGAGAAGAAGAAGGGUGAAGGUAGUGAAAAGAGCAAGGAAGUUGGGAAAGACAAGCAACCAUCAACAUCUUAUCAACCAUCAAGGUUUGAACCACCACCGCCUUAUCCCAAGAGGAUUGUUGAGAGGAGAUUGAAUGACAAGUACAACAAGUUUAUGGCUAUGCUCAAGUCACUUCACAUUAACAUUCCAUUCCUUGAAGCCAUGACUCAAAUGCCACCCUAUGCAAAAUUCCUCAAGGAACUCCUCUCCAACAAAAAGAAGCUAAGUGAUGAGUGUAUCACUCUUCCUCAUCAAGUUAGUGCCCUAGUGCAAAGAACCUUGCCUACCAAGCAAUGUGAUCCGGGAAGCUUCACUCUUCCGGUCAAGAUUGGUGAUAUGGAGACCACGGGUGCACUAGCCGAUCUUGGGGCAAGUGUGAGCCUCAUGCCACUAUCCAUUGCAAAGAAGCUCAAGUUCGAGAUGAUACCUUCAAGAAAGGUGAUUCAAUUAGCCGACCAGUCCACAAAAUUCCCAUGCGGUGAGUUAGAAGACGUUCCUAUCAAGAUUGGGAAUUUGUUUGUGCCUUGCGAUUUUGUGGUGAUGGAUAUGGAGGAGGACCCUCAUACUCCUCUUAUCCUUGGAAGAGAGGCACUCAAGACCAUGGGAGCGGUCGUCAAUUGCAAAGAUAAUACCAUUACAUGUGAGGUGGCCAAUGAGAAGUACAAGUUUGAAUUCUCAAAGACUUUGAAGCAACCUAUGGUAGAGAAGAUUUGGCGGGUGGACUUGGUGGACUCCGAACUUGAUGAAUUGGUGAAGUCUCAUGAGGUAAUUAAAGACAAGGGUGAUGAAGACCUCCCAUGUGAGGAGGUGGGUGAAGGAGAAUCUUUGUGUGCCUUGGAGGUUGAAAGCCUUGAAGGUGAAACUCAUCCCGAGACUCAAGGAGCCGUGGAUGAGCUCCCAUCGAUCCAAAGUGAGUCUAAGGAGGAGAGUUCCACGCCUCCUCCCAAGGUAGAACUAAAACCCCUCCCUCCUUCUCUCAAAUAUGCUUAUUUGGAUGAUGAUUGCUUACAUCCUAUUAUUGUCAAUGCUAACCUCGAUGACACCUCAUUGCAAAAAUUAAUUGAGAUUUUAAAAAAAUAUAGGAGUGUUAUCGGGUAUAGCAUUGAUGAUAUUAAGGGGAUUAGCCCUAGCUUGUGUAUGCAUCGCAUUCAUCUUGAGGAUGAUCAUGCCUCUUCCAUUGAACCUCAAAGGCGGUUGAAUCCGACUUUGAAGGAAGUGGUUAAGAAGGAAAUCCUCAAACUACGUGAAGCGGGGAUCAUUUAUGCUAUCUCCGAUAGCAAAUGGGUGAGCCCGGUUCAUGUGGUUCCCAAAAAGGGAGGCAUGACCAUCAUACAAGAUGACAAGGGGAAUGAUAUCUCCACCCGCACUGUCACGGGGUGGAGAAUGUGCAUUGACUAUAGGAGGCUUAAUAAAGCCACUAGAAAAGAUCAUUUCCCCUUGCCAUUUAUCGAUCAAAUGUUGGAAAGGUUGGUGAAGCAUUCACACUAUUGUUUUCUUGAUGGUUAUUCGGGUUUCUUUCAAAUCCCAAUUCACCCGGAUGACCAACAUAAAACAACCUUCACUUGUCCAUUUGGGACAUUUGCCUACCGAAGGAUGCCCUUCGGAUUGUGCAAUGCCCCAUCGACUUUCCAACGAUGUAUGACAGCAAUCUUUUCUGAUAUGAUCGAAAAUGCAAUAGAAGUUUUCAUGGAUGAUUUCAGUGUUUGUGGUUCGUCUUUUGACCUAUGCUUGCACAAUCUCGAAAAGGUUUUAAAGAGGUGUCAAGAGACGAACCUUGUGUUGAAUUGGGAAAAGUGCCAUUUUAUGGUCGAGGAGGGCAUUGUCCUCGGGCAUAAAGUGUCCAUUAAUGGUAUUGAGGUAGACCCGGCAAAGGUCUCGGCGAUAGAAAAGCUACCCCCACCAUCAUCGGUGACCGGGGUACGUGCCUUCUUGGGGCACGCCGGCUUCUAUCGCCGAUUUAUCAAAGAUUUUGCACAAAUAGCGAGACCUUUGACGAGUUUACUUCAAAAAGAGGUGGAGUUCAAAUUCGAUGAUGCUUGCACUAAGGCAUUUGAAACCUUGAAAAAUGCUUUAGUGAAUGCGCCUAUAGUGCAAGCACCGAAUUGGGAACUCCCGUUUGAACUAAUGUGUGACGCGAGUGAUAAUGCAGUUGGAGCAGUCCUUGGGCAAAGGAAAGAAAAGAAAUUGAAUGUGAUCUCUUAUGCAAGCCGGACUUUAGAUACGGCACAAAAGAAUUACACCACCACGGAGAAGGAAAUGUUGGCGGUGGUCUUCGCUUUUGACAAGUUUAGACCCUAUUUGGUGUGCAACAAGGCCAUUGUCUACACCGAUCACUCCGCGGUGAAGUAUUUAAUGAGCAAAAAGGAUGCUAAGCCGCGUCUAAUCCGAUGGGUCCUUCUCUUACAAGAAUUUGACAUUGAAAUACGGGAUAAGAAAGGAAGUGAGAACCUAGUGGCUGACCACCUCUCAAGGUUGCCGUUAGACCACCCUUCUUACCUUGACAAAGAGGAUCCCAUCGAUGAUGAGCUUCGAGAUGACUCUCUUAUGGCGAUCGUUUCCAACACCAUCCCUUGGUUCGCUGAUAUUGCAAAUUAUUUAGCAAGCGGGGUGGUACCUCAUGACUAUGAUGCUCGACAAAGGAAGAGGUUCUUCAAGGAAGUUAAGAGGUAUUUUUGGGAUGAUCCAAGCUUGUACAAGAAGUGUAGUGACGGUUUGUUCCGGAAAUGUGUGGAAAAUCAUGAGAUGGAAGGUAUUAUGGAACAUUGUCAUUCACUACCUUGUGGAGGUCAUGGAGGUGUCAACAAGACCGUGGCAAGGAUCCUAGGUUGCAAGCUUUGGUGGCCAACUAUGCGCAAAGAUGUUGACAAGUUCAUCCUUCGAUGUGACCGAUGCCAAAGGAUGGGAGGAAUCACAAAGAGAAAUGAAAUGCCGCAACAAUCAAUCUUAGAAGUUGAGCCAUUUGAUGUAUGGGGAGUGGACUUCAUGGGUCUGUUUGUCUCCUCAUGUGGGAAUUUGUAUAUCCUUGUGGCUGUGGAUUAUGUGACUAAAUGGGUGGAAGCGAUACCAUCACCCACAAAUGACCACAAGGUAGUGUUGAAGUUGCUCAAGAAGAUCAUCUUUCCUAGAUUUGGGGUGCCACGGUGCCUAAUUAGUGAUGGCGGAUCUCAUUUCGCCAAGAAACAACUCGAAGCACUUUUGAAGAAAUAUGGGGUACAUCAUAAGGUUGGACUCCCUUACCAUCCACAAACCCAAGGGCAAGUGGAGGUGUCCAACAGAGAAAUUAAGAGUUUGCUCGAGAGGAUGGUCAACAAGUCUAGAAAAGAUUGGUCCCUAAGACUGGAUGAUGUACUAUGGGCCUUACGGACCGCUUACAAGACACCGAUUGGCACCACGCCAUAUCGACUUGUCUAUGGUAAGGGAUGCCACCUUCCGGUGGAAUUGGAGUACAAGGCAUGGUGGGCUGUAAAGGAACUCAACAUGGACCUUCACUUGGCCGGAGAAAAGAGGUUACUCAAGCUCAACGAGUUGGAAGAGUUGAGGUAUGAUGCUUAUGAGAGCUCUAGACUCUACAAAGAACAAACCAAGAGGUGGCACGACAAAAGGAUUCGAGAUCGUGACUUCGAGGUGGGUAACAAGGUUCUUCUCUUCAACUCACGUCUCCGACUCUUUCCCGGGAAGCUCAAGUCCAAAUGGGUGGGGCCGUUUACAAUCACCAAAGUAACCCCCUAUGGCUCGUUCGAAUUGGAAAAUCAUGAAGAUGGGAGCCGGUUCAUGGUGAAUGGGCAACGGAUCAAAAGAUACUAUGAUGAAGGAGAUAUUGGAAAGAUCGGUUGCCUAAUGCUUGGGACGGUCCACACCGUUCCUCCCCCUUAG